CCUCCUUUUAUCCACACUCAAUUUUUACUCUGAGCACGUAGACACACACACAUCCCUACUCACCUUGGAACCCCCUGCAUUUAACACUAUGGCACCCAAAAAGGUGGAAGCUAAGAAACCUGAACCCAAAAAGUCAGAGCCUGCCAAGAAGGAAGCAUCACCUGCUGCCAAGCCGACACCAGUCCCUGAACCGGUGGUUGAACCUCCCAAAGAGCCUGAAUUUGACCCCAAGAGCAUCACCCUAGAGUACACAGCUGAUCAGAUCGAAGAGUUCAAGGAGGCCUUCACCCUGUUUGACCGCACACCCAAAGGGGAGAUGAAGAUUACUUUUGCCCAGUGCGGCGAUGUGAUGCGAGCACUGGGCCAGAACCCUACCAACAAAGAUGUCCUGAAAGUGUUGGGGAAGCCCCGGCCCGAGGACAUGAGUAGCAAGCUGGUGGACUUUGAAACUUUCCUGCCUAUGCUGCAGCACAUUUCCCGCUCCAAGGACCAGGGCAACUUUGAGGACUUUGUGGAGGGCCUACGCGUCUUUGAUAAGGAGGGCAAUGGCACCAUCAUGGGUGCGGAGCUGCGUCACGUGCUGGCUACCCUGGGGGAAAGGAUGACAGAGGAUGAGGUUGACAGGCUGAUGGCGGGCCAGGAGGACGCUAACGGAUGCAUUAACUAUGCUUCCUUUGUAAAGCACAUCUUGUCUGGAUGAGCAGGGAUUUUUCACCAGAACAAAAAUAUGAUUAUUUGAUUUUUCCUCUGGACCCCAACUACCUAAAGAAUACCACUGCCACUUCAGUGGAGAUCAUGUCUUUCAAUAUAAUUACUUUAUUGUCUAAAGCAACUACAAACAGCAAUACCACAUUUAUGUUAAGAGACUUGAUUUACCAUUUCCCUAAAUGUACUAAUGGACAGUGACAGAAAAGUUAUUUAUAGCGAUAUGGUAGUUGAAUGUUUAAGGUGUGGACAUGAUAAAUGCAUUAAUAAUAAACAACAUCUGAUUAUAAA